CCCAGACGUCGCGCAUGCAAGUACUCUCGAAGAGCUUCAGGGCGAGUCGAAGCUUGGCGAUCUUAGGUGAGCUCUCGCGCAUACGGACCUUUGCCUUCUUACCCAAAAUGUCUGCAAAUCAAGCUGCAGACAUCACAGCUCUACCAGCUGUGGACCAGCACGUUGUGCACGAUGAAAAGGAAUACACGACAAUCAAAGAAGGACUGGCAUAUAUUCUUGUGCCGGCUUCAGGUCCGAAGGUUCCUCAAACCACCCCUAGAGGCGAUAAUUCCGCGCAAUCAGUUUUCUACAAUCCUAUUCAGCAAUUCAAUCGAGACCUGAGCGUCCUAGCGAUCAAGGCAUAUGGUGAAGAGGUCGUUGAGGCGAAGAAGAGGGCGGCAGAAAGGAGACGGGCAAAGUUCAAGGCCAAGAGAAUAAAGAAGCGGAAGCGUGAAGAGAACGGCGAGGACGAUGAUGCUUCGCGGAAGGUAGGAAAACUGGAGGGACCUGAAUCAGCUACGUUGGAAGCAAAUGCUGGGCCAGAUAUUAUGGACGCGAAGCCACAAAUAGCCCCAGACUCCAUUGCUGAGCAGACCGUUCGUUUUGACGAAGUAAGAGAUCCUGAGCCCGUGGGGCACGAUCUAGAUAUCACGACAGACCACAUAGCCAACAACGGAGGACCUUCCACACAUACUGAGCAGGCUGAGCAGGCUGAGGUAACGUCGCCGGAGAGCAAGAUGGACGAUGUGGCCAACAACGAAGGGUCUUCCACAAUUACUGAGCAAAUUGAGAUGCCACCACCAAAGAUCAGAUUUUCGAUUCUAGAUGCCCUCUCUGCUACAGGUCUACGUGCUCUUCGAUAUGCUCAAGAAAUACCUUUCGCAACAUCGAUCACCGCAAACGAUUUACUCAAAGAAGCAACUAAGAUGAUCAAGUUGAACGUGGAGCAUAACAAGCUGGAGGACAGGAUCACAGCUGUAACAGGAAACGCUCUUAAGCAUAUGUAUGACCUCGUCGGAGAAGACGUGAAGGACGGCAAUAGCAAGAAAUACGAUGUUAUUGACUUAGAUCCAUAUGGCACCGCAGCACCAUUCUUGGAUGCUGCGAUUCAAGCUGUGCGCGAUGACGGUGGUCUCCUAUGCGUUACUUGCACAGAUGCUGGAGUCUGGGCUUCCAAUGGAUACCCUGAGAAGGCGUAUUCGCUUUACGGUGGUGUGGCAAUGAAAGGCCCUAUGUCACAUGAAGCUGGGCUCCGACUCAUUCUUCAUUCUAUCGCAACUACUGCCGCUCGACACGGCGUUGCAAUUGAGCCUCUCCUCUCGUUGUCAAUCGACUUUUACGCUAGGGUAUUUGUCCGUGUCUACAAGUCACCUGCAGAUGUCAAAUUCUUGGCUGGCAAAACGAUGAUGGUGUACAAUUGUGACACUGGGUGCGGAGCUUGGACUACACAGAUGGUUGCUAGGAAUAAAGUCGUUGAGAAUAAGAACGGUGAUCCUCAAUGGAAACAUGUCUUUGCACAAGGACCUGCGGCGAACGAAACUUGCAAGAUAUGUGGAUUCAAGACACACAUUGCGGGCCCGAUGUAUGGAGGUCCUAUACAUUCUCCCAAAUUCAUCAAGAAAAUUUUGGCUGGACUCCCUAAUGUGUCAAAAGAUACAUAUUAUACCACCGCCAGAAUCGAAGGCAUGCUUACUCUGGCCUUAGAAGAGGUUUUGCCAGAUCUGGAAGCAGACAUAUCUCCAACGGCAACGUCAAAGACGAAGAAGUACGACCCGGCUGCUAUCGAUCCAACUCCAUUCCUCUUCAUUCCGUCUGCACUUUCUAAAGUCAUCCACUGCGUCACUCCCAUAGAGAAUGCGUUUCGUGGUGCUUUGAGGCAUCUUGGCUAUCGAGAUACGAGAAGUCAUACCAAACCUGGAAGCAUCAAGACUGAUGCGCCCUGGGAAGUGAUUUGGGAGAUCAUGAGAGAGUGGACAAAACAAAGAUCUCCUAUUAAAGAUGGCUCUAUCAGAGAACAUACCGCUGGGCGGGCUAUCAUGGGUUUUGACAAGAAGACCCAGAAAUUCGCCGAGCCAGAGCCGAACAGCAAAGAAGCUGACGGCAAAACAGAAUCGGGAGCUUCAUCAGAGGAGAAGAAGAUCAAGGUCGUCUUUGAUGAGAAGCUGGGUGGGGAGAAAGAUACUAAGAAGCUUGUUAGAUAUCAGCUCAAUCCUCGUGAGAAUUGGGGACCAAUGGCUCGUGCCAGAGGAAAAUAAUCAGAUCA